AUGUCUACCUUAUCUAAUAAUGAAAAUGUCUCUGAUGAUGAAAUUCCUUUUGUUGAAAUUCCUACUGAUGAAAUUCCUAUUGUUGUAAUUCCUAAUAUCCACCAAGAUAGUGCAACUACAUCUUCUACAUCUGCAAAAAAAAAAACUUCUAUAUAUUAUAAAUAUUUUACUUUUGGAACUGAUGAAAGGUGGCAUUGUAAUUAUUGCAGUUUUCAUGCAAUAUUGCUUAAAGAUUUAGAAGCUGGAGUUGGGCCUUUGAAUAAAUAUUUUACUGUGGAGGAAUGUGAAUUUAAAAAAUUAUUAGAAUUAUUAAAUUCAAGUGUAAAAAUCCCUUCUGCUGAUACAGUACGCAGGGAUCUCACUUACAAUUUUAAUCAAACUAAAAAAAAUGUGAGAAAACAAUUACAAGAACUUCCUGGUAAAUUGUCAUUUACUAUUGAUGCUUGGACAUCAAAAAAUACUCUUCCUUUUCUUGGAAUAACAGUACAUUGGAUUGAUGAAGAAUGGGUACUAUGCAGUUCUACAUUAGACUUUUCACUUGACAUUGGUAUCACUUUUGAACCUCAGAACCAACAUGUAAGAUGUUUGGCUCACAUUAUUAAUCUUGCAGCUAAAAGUGCAUUGGAAGGAUUAAAUGCAUCUGGGUUAGAUAUUGAUGAAAAUAUUAUUGAUGAAGAAGAUAAUGGUGAAAAACUGCAAAAUGCUAUUUACAAG